ACACCACGUGACUCCACCGCCAACAAGACACUUCUGAAGCUUCCUGGACCGAAAUGUAGAAAUGAAAGGGAAUUGGAAAAAAACGUCAAAAAGCCAUUUAUUGUAUUGUACGCAGUAAAUAACUAAAAUGUCUAACAGUUAAAUGCGCACAUAUCUUUAACACUGAAUACCGCGCACAUUCAGGCUUCCCCCAACACAAACACUCUGCGUGUCAGUGUAUAUUUCUAUGAGAAAUACAUAUUUCCAGUGCAGACCACGAGAACGACCGGGACCUACAGUGCGUCACUGCCUGCGCGCGUCCCCGCCUCUUCAACUACGUACAUGCCUGCUCAUCUGUCGCCCUCCCUGCGUAAUAACGGACGGGUACUUCCUCGCUCCCAGUCAAAAAGCCACUCUAGUAUUCACCAUCUUCUCUAGGGGGUUGACGGCUAGAGAACGCGACUGUAUCGCUAUGCGCCGAGCAAUAUAAUCUGCCAUUGUUCGGUGCACGCGCUCGUGUUUACAGCAUCCCUCGGUCAGCGCGUGGGACAUUGAUUCAGGGUAAAAAGAAGCCCUUUCGGUUUUACCAUGGCAAGCGACGUGCUCCACAGAUUCAUCUGCCUUUGUCGAUAUCUACAGGAUCCCUGCCAUGUUGCCAGAUUCCAGAAGCUCUGCGGGGUCCGCGGGACGUUUGCGAAAAAAGCAGCCGAGAACGACGACAAGCUGUCGGUCAACGGGGCUUGCGCGGGGCAGCGUCAGGGAGCGCGCGAGGCUAGUGGAGACUCGGCGGACAGACUUCCGGGCCAAAGGCUGAGGAAAAGUUUAAAUGUUAAGCAGGACGAGUGUGCCCACAAUGGACCCGCAGACACUGACCCUAAAGGCACAGUGAAGCCCCUGCGCAGGAACUCGCUGACCGGUGAUGUUGGCCAGGAGUUCAUCAUCGAGAACAAGUUUCUCUUCUAUCUCUUCACCAUCGGCACCGAGCUGGGCAACGAGAUGUUCUUCAUCGUCUUCUUCCCCUUCCUCAUGUGGAAUGUUGACCCGUAUGUGAGCCGGCAGCUGAUCGUUGUGUGGGCCUGGGUGCUGUUCCUCGGACAGUCUACGAAAGAUGUGGUGCGCUGGACCCGUCCCGCUUCUCCUCCGGUGGUCAAGGUGGAGGUCUUCUACAAUUCGGAGUACAGCAUGCCCUCCACACACGCCAUGUCCGGCACCGCGCUGCCCUUCUCUCUCUUUCUGCUCACUUGCAGCCGGUGGGAGUAUCCAUUCAUGUUUGGAUUAAGCAUAGCUCUGUUCUGGAGUAUCCUCGUGUGCAUCAGCAGGAUUUAUAUGGGCAUGCACUCUGUCCUGGAGGUGAUCACAGGCUUCCUCUACAGUGUGCUCAUCCUGGCAGUUCUUCACCCCAUGCUUGAUGAUAUCGACACCUUCUACUUGUCCCAUAGCUAUGCCCCUCUGGUGGUCCUGCUCGUGCAUGUUGGCUUCAGCUUGGUGGCUUUCUCAUUGGACACUUGGAGCACAUCUCGUGGAGACACUGCACAGGCGUUGGCCACUGCUGCCGGAGCUGCACUGGCAUGCCGCCUGAACCACCAACUGGGUCUGCUGCCAGAUCCUCCUGAAGAAGCUCUCCCGCUCGCCCUGCCCUUGAUCGAUGAGGCCUUGUUAACCCGCUCCGUCAUGCGGAUGCUGAUGGGAGUGGCGGUGCUUUUGGCUGUCAGGGCUGCCAUGAAGGUGGUGGCGAUCCCAUUGGCAUGCAAGAUCUUUGGCGUUCCUUCGGAUGAUGUGAGGAAAGCUAGGCAACACGCGCAAGUAGAGCUCGCAUACCGGUUUCUGGUAUAUGGCACAGUGGCCUACUGCUGCGUUUGCCUGGUGCCACUUCUCUUUGGACUCCUCGGCUUAUCCUGAAGAAAAUACCUCUCUCUGUCUGAACGUGUAGUUAUCCGGUUUAUAUCCUAGCUUAACCUAUACAUGACCUGGACUAGUCAACGUCUACAGUUCUAGUCAAAACCAACAAACCUGGAAAAGCCUUUUGGUUUUAAACACAUAUGAAGUAUAUGUUGAUGAUAAUAUCGCUCCAUUUUCAUGCUAAUUUAUUUCACUUGUUCGGUUUACAGAUUUGUAUUAAUCUGAUUACUCUGAACAGGGUUUUUAGGCACAUUUGUUGCCCUCGGCAGGACCUCAUUUUUUCUUGGAAGUCAGUUUGUGAUGUCAUUAUCAUCAGAGGACCUGUUGACUUCUCAAAAAGGUCUCAAAUGUUUCCUGCAGUUGUCUCUAUUGAUGCCCACCCAUCCUGGUCUCUUGUGCUGUUUCUCACUCAACAAUUCACAUGAUUGUUUCUCACUUUACAGUCUGGAGCCUUUCCCAUUUUGUUUUCAUCUUCUGGAAGCAAACUAUACGGGUGGCCGCCCUUGUCCGAUAUGAGUGUCCUUUUAUUUAAGGGCUCACUUUUAAAACAUUUUGUAACUGUCCGAUCUUCCCAGGGAUUCUUUCUUCUCCCGUGGGUCCAUUCCAGAUCUGUGCACUCGCCCCAAUGGUUCAUUCAAGGGAUCAGGGAAAAAGACACUAAAAUCUGAGAGAAAGUGUAGAAAGUUCUGUUCUAAUCUCAAAAUGGUUGGAGCUCACGCCUCACAAUAAGCGGUAAUGUAUUGAGAGAAUGAGGGGAGGGAACUUCCUGUCAGUGUGAACGCUGUAUACACAAACUUCCUGUGGAUGUGUGCCUCUGAAACCCAAGCUUGGAAAAGAGCGCUUUGAAUAUGAAUGCAGCAUAUCUUUCUUAACAAUACUGUCAUUAUCAAUGUAUUAUUUAUUAUACACGUCAAAUGUUUUUAAACAUUACUAAAAAAGUAGGAUUUAUCCAGAUUGUAUAGUUCAGGACUUUAAGGCAAGACCUUUUUUCAUUUAAUUAUAUGUAGGCUUCUGUAAUAUUACUGUUGGAUUAUGACUUUGAUUAAAGACACAGUAUGCAAUUUUUACCACUAGAUGUCGCAUAUUCACAACAAACAAAGGCGUAGAUUGAUACUGAGAGUGGAAUCAUAUAAGUUGUCAUCUUCAUUACAUUCAACGGGACUCCUGCAGAAAUCAUGUUUAUAAAUGAGUAUUCAUAACUUAUUAUCAUGAUCGUAUGACGCAGAGUAAACCUGAAAGCUGUUGAAGCCUAUCGAGAGCGCUGAAGCAACUGCUGAUGAGAGACAAUUAUUAUGCCACACUCUACGUAUUGUUCAUGGUCACGUGGGAAAAAGCAUGGUGUAUCAUACUAAAUACAUUUUAGAGUUCUGUUAUAAUGCUGCUAGGUGCAGUCUAAUUCAACGCACAAAAAAUAAACUGUCUGCAUCCGAAAUCGCCUACUGCUCGGUAGGAACUGCAUUUGAAUUUAAACGUAUUACUCGGCUGUUAAAAAAGUAUGUUCUAUACAGUAUGAAUGGAACUUGGAUGUACUACAUCCGCCAUUUUGUCAUAAUCACUUGACCUACCCACAUAAGUUGCGUCACUUCACUCCCAUUCAUAAAUUCUCUCGCGGGCAUCAUGGAAUAGCGUAGCGUCCAUUCGAUGCCGACUUAGAAAUCUCGCCGGAAGUAGGUCAUCGGGGUACUUUAUGCAUACUGAUUUUCAAAUUUGAUGAAUUCGGAUAUACUACUCGACUCGUAUACUAAUUUUACCAUACUAUAUAGUAUCUAUAUAGAUAUAGUAGACUAUAUAGUAUAGUAGUAUACAAUUUCGGACUUAGCCAACGUCUUCCAUGCCGCCAUUAGCAUUGCGACACAGAACACAGUCCAUGUCACUAGCUAAAAUAGCUUAUUCCUGAGUAUUUGAACAUUCCUCAUACAAUUUAGAAUAAUUAAGUACAAAAGUCGGCAAAAUUAUAACACUGUUCUAGUGCUUUUUGGAUAUUUAACAACACAAUUUCAUGGCAAUUCGUAACUUUUUGAUUUAUUGGCUAAUUUGUAGGAUAUCGUUUGAUCUCAUUUGUACAAUUUAGUACAAUUUACUCAUCCCCCAAUGAUGGUUGGGUUUAGGGGUGGGGUUGUGUGCCAAGCCUCCUUUUUAAAAUCAGAGAUUUUCAUGCGACUGAACUCUGAAUUCGCCACUAAACUGACAAAACGUAAAAAAAUUAAUUGUCUUUGGUAAUUCCAUCAUUCCAUGCAGCCAUUAGCAUUGCGACACAGGAGACUAACACUAGUUAAGAUGGCUUAUUCCUGAGGAUUUGAACAUUCCUCAAACAACUUAGAAUAAUGUAAGUACAAAAGUUGGCAAAAUCAUAACACUGUUCUAGUGCUUUUUGGAUAUUUAACAACACAAUCUCACUGCAAUUUGUAACUUUUUGAUUUAUUGGCUAAUUUGUAUGAAUUAGUAUGAUCUCAUUCAUACAAUUUAGUAUGAUUUGCUCAUUUAUCAAUGAGGUUUGGGUUUAGGGGUGAGGUUGGGUGCCACGCCUACUUUUUAAAAUCGAACAUUUUCAUACGACUGAACUGACAAAACAUAAAAGUUGCAUUUCAUCGAGAUCGGGCUGACAUUUUAAUAAACAAAACGUACAUAUUGUGCCUUUAAACGAUGUUAAAAUUUGACUUUCAUUAUAUCAUUAAAAAGCAUUGAAAUGUUGAAUAUUUGUGUACAACAGAUGAAAGAAAGUAAAGGUGUAAUGAUGUAGUAAUGAGCGAUGAGAGUAAAUGAUGACAAUUUUCAUUCUUGGUUAAAAUGUAUUUUAGGGAUAAACAGCCAUUUAAAACAAAUCUAGGGUCUGUGUUUUUCCAACUGUGUUAGCAUAUCCAGGUUGUCCCAUACUCUCAGCAGGUUAUAGAAGUAAAUACUCAGUGGCAUUUUUGUUAAUAUACUGACUAAACAUCCUUGCUUUGUCUGAAUUCAACAUCGUUUUAUAUGUUGGAAUAACAUAAUUAUGGGCAUGAUAUCAUGGCCAAAGCAAACCCCACAUACAUUUUCCAAGUUGUCAGUAUUAACUUAAGUAGUGAUUUGUUGUUUAUCGUUGAACUAAUGCUCUGUGCUUGCACUAUAUUUUGUUGACAUGUUUAGUUUGAGAAGUAAAGCCAGUCACAGAGGACAGAUUGCUGAUAUACGCUGAUUUCUCAGAAACCCCAGUGCCUUGCAGUCCUUUUUUUUUUUUUUUUCAGGGCAAAUUUAUCGUCCAACUAGGCACAACACAUCACAGCUGUCUGUCUGUGGCCAGUUUUGAAAGUGUAAAUGAUUCGGUUACGUAAUUGAAAGCUUCACUUUUUCUUAUGUGUGAUAUGUACCUACAUUUUCAGUGUCCGUUAUGUGGAGUUUGUAAUCAGGUUUCUGGUAACAUUUUAAUGGAGAGAUUUAAUUUACCUGUGUGAAUGAAGGGUUCAUAUUUUUAAUUGUGCAUACAGUAAAUGUACCAUAACUGAAGGAUAAGCUGUACUCAACUGUGCACUGAGCCGAGGUGAGUAUAACAGGAAGUUAAAUGAUGUUUAAGGCUUUCCUACAAGGAAAUGCAUUGUGAAUGAAGCUUGUACACCCUACCUGUAUUAAGCUUUGAGUCAUUCAUAAUCAUCUAAACUCACACACGUUCUGUAUCUGUAAUCUAUGGCUCCUUGUCUGCAGUGUACUUGCCAUUUAUCUGUUUCUUAUUAUUAAAAGUAAAUAAAAAUAGUAUGAAAUACACUG